AUGGCGCAACAUGCGCGCACUUUCGCUCUCCUCUACAUCUUCUUAAUCCUCUGCACCUCCUUCCCGUCCGCCUUUUCCUCCCUAGUAAGCGAUCGUCGUCUCACCCCUCGCGAGCGAAUCCUUCGCGACGGCGCGUUGCUUGCCGACCGAAGCCACUCCGUCAUCUUCAAGAAAGGCUCAUCGAGCGACAAUUCCGUCAAUUCCGUCAAUUCUGCCGGCAGCGGAGCAGACACCCGACGUAAUCUAAACGGCGAUCCGGUGACGUCGUUCGCGAUCGCAAACGGAAUCUCCCGGGGCAGUCUCAUUCAAAGCGACUACGACGGCACCGGCGAUCGAUCCGAGUCGUCCAGCGAUCGCAUUCAGUCGCAUGGAGACAAGUUCAGAGAUCCGAGCGAUCAGUUCGGGGCGCCGUCGCUCACCAUCUUCUGCGCUCCGAAACCCUACUCAUCCAUCGUGGACCCCUCAGACCCAAACCCCGACUCGCAGCGGCGCGCUUUGCUCUCGUGGCUGCGCCUCUCGCCGCCUCCGAAAGUCGUGCUUUUUGGAAACGACACGUCGUUUCACGAGCUCGCGCGUCGGUUUCCCGCGCAAAUCUCCGUCGAGCCGCUGAUCGACAGCAAUUUCUACGGCGUGCCGCAAUUUCACAGCAUGGUGGCGCGCGCUCAAGCCGCGUCGACCGACAUUUCGAUGAUCAUCAACGGUGACAUCAUCCUUCUGAAUGACGUCAUGCUCGCGUUGCAGAAGACGCACGGAACCUUCCAGCACUGGGUGAUGACCGCAGCGCGUUGGGACAUGCCGGGAGAUUUCCCGUACUCGUUCGAGCCGCACAUGUGGGGGCAGCGGGGGCUGGCUCGCGGGCGCAGCCACGCGGCGAUGGAGGAAGAAAUCCGCGGGUUUGUACGCGAUAUAGGCACGCUGCACACGUACGGUGGGGUGGACUUUUGGGCGUGGAACAACGACUCACCCGCGCCGCUGUUCGACGGGGUUAUGCCGCCGUUUUCGUUCGGGCGCGGGAAGUACGACAACUGGUUCACGCACGAGAUCGUGGCGGCUGGGCGGCGGACCAUGGUCGACGCCAGCGAGGCAGUCACGGCGAUCCACGUGGCGCAUUCUUACUCGCACGUGGUAGAAUCAGCCUCGACCAAGAGCAUCGGCGGGAAGGACGGAAACGGUAACGAAAACGGUAACGGAAUAGCAGCAGGGAAGAACUUUUGGAGCACGCGAAAGAAGAGCAGCUGGGAGCUGUUCGGAAACAUCCACAUGGCCAUGACACAUGGUUCAUACGCCAAUCAGAAGGGCACCGCGCUGCACGUGCCCUGGAAGCUCGCCACGUGUCACGAGCCCUCCGUGCACAACAUGUGCCUGCAGCAGCGCCUUCGCCCCGCCACGUGUACCUGCGAAUCCGCAAAUUUCGUUAAAUCCAGCCAGACCGACCCGAAGCUGGAUAAGACGGGCAGGAAAUGGACAUGUGGCAGCGUGUCAGUGGACAGGAAUUCGGAUUACAGUAUCCCCACUCUUCCUCCUCCUUCACCCGCCUCCUCCCCUGUAGGCCUCCCACACACCAUGGAACAGCUACUGCCCACAAUUGCUUGGAGCGUCCCAGACGGGCGGGGGGGGGAGCUACAGGUGGUAACCCUAGUGGCGGUAACCGCGGGGUACGCGGAGAUGCUGAUGAGCUUCGUGUGCCGCCUGCGCUCCCUCGGCCUCGCCUCCAACCUCCUCGUUGCCGCGCUGGACGAGGACUUGUACCGAUUCGCCUUCACUCAGGGCCUGCCCGUGUACUAUGAGCAAGUCAGCCAAGGACUGAAGGGGGUGGAUUCAAAGGACUGUGCCUUUGGCAGCCAGUGCUUCAGGCAGUUCACUAAGCUGAAAUCGCGGGCUGUGCUUCGGGUGCUCAAGGCGGGGUAUUCUGUGCUCUGGACAGACGUCGACAUUGUCUGGUUCACCGAUCCUCUCCCGGACCUGCUCUCGUAUGGCCCAGAAACUUUCCCGAUCCAGAGCAAUGAGCCAAACGUGACUCUGCCUGGGACUGGCAUUCGGCGAAUUAAUUCUGGGUUUUACUUCGCUCGGGCAGAUAAAAAGACGGUGGCGGCAUUUGAGGCGAUCACUGCGCAUGCAGCCACUACGAGACUGUCAGAGCAGCCGAGUUUCUAUGAUAUCCUGUGCGGGGUGAAGGGUGAGAAUGUCGUGGAAGGGAAGGAGGAGUGUGUGUGGAAAAACGGCCUUCGCACUAUCUUCCUUGAUAGGGUGGUGUAUGCGAAUGGUGCUGCGCAUGGGUUUUGGGACGAGGAGGAUGUGGAGGAGGCCUGCAGGAGAAAGGGCUGCACUAUUUUACACAACAACUGGAUUGCUGGGAAGGAUGCCAAGAAGCAGCGGUUUGUGCACUCUCAAUACAAGCACAUUCAACAACGGCAAGCGCAGCAGGAAGGGCAGCAGCGGCAGCGCCCUUUCCUCACCAUCUUCACCGCGCCCAAGCCCUACACGUCCAUCCUCGACCCGUCCUCCCCGCACGCCGACCCGCAGCGGCGCGCGCUGCUCUCGUGGCUGCGCCUCCGCCCGUCCCCCAAGAUCGUCCUGCUGGGGAACGACUCUUCUUUCCACGCGCUCGCGCGGCAGUUACCCGCGCACGUAACGGUCGAAUCGUCCAUCGAUACGAAUUUCUACGGCGUGCCGCAGGUUCACAGCGUCGUCGCGCGCGCUCAAGCCGCGGACACGCCCGUCUCGAUGGUGAUCAACGCGGAUAUUAUUCUAAUGAAUGACGUCAUGGCUGCGAUGCGGAAGGUUCACGAGAACUUUCGCCACUGGGUGAUGACCGCGGCGCGGUGGGACAUGCCCGAGGAGUUUCCGUACUCGUUCGAGCGGGAAAUGUGGGCGGGGCGAGGACACCGGGAACAUGAAACGACGAUUCGCGAAUUCGUACGUACGCACGGGACGCUGCACACGUACGGCGGGGUCGACUUCUGGGCGUGGAACAACGACGAACGUACGCCGGUUCCGCUGGUGAGAGGAACCGUACCGCCGUUCUCGUAUGGCCGCGGCAAGUACGACAACUGGCUGACGCACGAGAUCAUCUCGUCGGGGCUUCGCGAAAUCGUCGACGCCAGCGAGGCAGUUACAGCCGUACACGUGGCGCACUCCUAUUCGCACGUGAUGGAGUCGGCGUUCACGAAAAACGCGGCGGGAUUGGCGGGAAAGAGCUUCUGGAGCACGAGGAUGAACAGUAGCUGGGAGCUGUUCGCGAAUAUCCACCUGGCGCAUACACACGGGACGUACGCCAAUCAGAAAGGGACACCUCUGCACGUGCCUAUCAAGCUGAUGAACUGCCUAGAAGCUUCGGCCAACUUCCUGUGUCUGCAGCGCCGCCUGCGCCCGGCCGUGUGCUCCUGCGAGUAUUCCUCCGCCGUCGCCGCCUCUCAGACGGACCCCCGCAUGAACGCCAAGACGAACCAGUGGACGGUCCCGGACGGGAGGGGGGGAGAGUUACAGGUGGUAACCCUAGUGGCGGUAACCGCGGGGUACGCGGAGAUGCUGAUGAGCUUCGUGUGCCGCCUGCGCUCCCUCGGCCUCGCCUCCAACCUCCUCGUUGCCGCGCUGGACGAGGACUUGUACCGAUUCGCCUUCACGCAGGGCCUGCCCGUGUUCUACGAGCAGGCAAGUGAGGAGGCAAGUGAGGAGGUGAAGCACAUGCGCGCCUCAGAGUGUGGUUACGGCAGCCAGUGCUUCCGCCACUUCACCAAGCUCAAGUCCCGCUCCGUGCUCAAGGUUCUCAACGCCGGCUACUCUGUUCUCUGGACAGACGUAGACAUAGUCUGGUUCACCGACCCUCUCCCGGACCUGCUCUCGUUCGGCCCGGGAACACUGCCGAUCCAGAGCAACGAGCCGGACGCGAAUCUUCCCGGAACUGGCGUUCGGAGGAUCAACUCGGGGUUUUAUUUCGCCCGAGCAGACCGGAAAACGGUCGAGGCGUUUGAGGCGAUCACUGCGCACGCAGCAGCAACGAAACUGUCUGAACAACCAAGCUUCUAUGAUGUUCUCUGUGGGGAGGCAGGCGAGCUAGUAGCCGCAGGGAGGGAGGAGUGCGUAUGGAAAAAUGGGCUGCGAACGGUCUUUCUCGACAGAGCUAGGUACCCUAACGGGGCGGUUCACGGGUUGUGGGAGCAGAAAAAUGUUCACAGGGCAUGUGCGAAGGUGGGGUGCUCCAUUCUGCAUAAUAACUGGAUAUCUGGGAGGGAGGAGAAGAUGAGGCGGUUUUUGGCAAAUGACAUGUGGCAUUAUGAUGCAGACAGGCGCAUGUGCGUGUGGGAGUGGCAUGGGAAGGUUCCGGAACUGGUGAGGCAAGUGGGAGGAGAGGGGGGUGGAGGAGAGCUAAACGGGGGGGCUGUUGGGAAAGGGCAGAGGAGAGGUAGUGGGAAGGGAAUUGAGAACAAGAGGAUCCACCAAAAGCAAGCGGCGUUAUAG